UUAACGGGCUUCGCGCUUGCGGGGGCCAAUAUGAUUGCGAGGAGCCUGCGGGUUGCUGCCCAGCGGGGUCGUUGCCUUCUGAUGCCUACCCGCAGCCUACUGGCGCCAAGAAUACCCAUCUGCCGAACGUACAGUAAUGCCUACGACCAUGACGGGAAGACCAAAGUUUCCAUUUUCAAUACGGAAACAGAUCUGGGGCUCAUGAUUACAGGAUAUAGCCAAUAUGGAUUUAGGCUGAACAACGAUAUGGUCCUUAUUGGACCCAUCAGCGUUUUUCCCAGAUCGGUUCUUUCGUGGAACGUCAACAACUUCGAAGACAUCACCGAGGAUAGUCUUAGCCUGUUUCCUACUCUGGAACCAAAAAUUGAUGUACUCAUCAUUGGCAUCGGCGACCAAGCCCCGCCACCGGCGCUCUCCAAACGGAUCAUAGAGUUCAUGAAGAAAUACAAGAUCAAUGUUGAGGUCUUGCGAACGGAGCAAGCCUGUGCCACCUUCAACUUCCUGAAUGCCGAAAACCGGAUGGUGGCCUGCGCCUUGAUACCUCCGCUACAUCUCACCUACAACGAGAACGAUAUUCUGCAGGCGAAGCUUAAGCAGAAGGAACUGUACGAGACGGAUUAGAGUUAACUUCAAGUUGUUUCUUGUUAGGAAUUAAAACGAAUUGUAAAUUCA